AAUAUCAAUGUGAAUGUUAUGUGACAGACAGUUCUACUGCUGGGGAAGUUUUGGCUGAAUGAACAACAACAAACUUUUUUUUUCUAAUUUUUAAAUUUAAUUUAACUGUAAUUUAGUCGAUGUUGCUUUGAAAGCGUCAGUUCACCAUGUUUGAUAGUUUUCGGGAUAAAAUUCAGUCGGUUCAAGAGGGUAUAACAGCAAGUUUUCAUCGGAUAUCGUCAGGAGAAUCCUCGCGACCCCCGCGCGAGUAUAAAACUGUCAACAUAAAUGCUGGAGCUGAACUUUUGCACAAGUACCAAUCGGAAUGGCACGAUGGGCACCAACUAGCAGAAGAAAAUGCAGCAAAAGCACAGAUUAUAGAUGAAAUCAUCGGCGGACUGCAUGUCAAUUUCGAGAAGCAAUGGGCCAGUAUAAGUCAGUUGACAACAUCAAUGGCUGCAAUCCCACAAACCAUUUCUUCUACCCAGUCUCUGAUGGAACGGCUUGGCAACCUUCAAGAAGUAUUUGAUGAAGUAGAGCACAACCUCUUACAAUUAGAGGACAUAAUUGAAACUCAAGAACACCAAGAGCGUCAGUUAGACCACCGGUUCCAAUUGGCUCUCUAUAAAGAAAAAAAAUUGCAAGAACUGGAGAGGGUUCGAGAGAGCUUAGUUAAAGAGUACACAGAAAAAAUGUCAGAUCAUGAAAGGAAACAGUGCCAGACCUUAAAAGAAAGACAAGAUGCCUUUGGUCAAGUUUUCCAAGAGGAUUUAGAACAAUUCAAGCAGUCUGGAAAACUUCCAGUUUCUCCUGUAAAGGUCUCCCAGCUGGGUCCAUCACUUGAAGAGGUCACCCUGGAUGAUGAUACAGUAGCCCUGGAUAAUUUCUUAAGCGAGGAAAACCUUUAAGGCAUAAAUUCCACCCCUCUAUUUCCUUAAUUAUUGUGAUGAAAAAUGUGAUUAGCCCCCAUACAUCUGUUAUUUUCAAUUAAUUAUGUCAAUUGUUAUGUGAUUGCUGUAUUUCAGUGCUCAUUCUAUUCCCUCUCACAAGACUAAUAUUAUGUAUUUUUGUUAUACUCGUUGACAUCACAAGUAAAAACAUAUAAGUGUUUUGUAUAAAA